AGAAGCGCUGUGAAUACUGCAACAGUUUGUAUAUGGGGUGUUUGGUGUUCUCUGGCCACGCAGUGAGAGUUCCCGCUCGUUUGGGUCAUUCAAUUUAAAAAAUAUUUUCGUGUUCGCCAAAAAAAUUUGAUGAAAAAUGGAGGACCACUCUCACAUCCAAGAGUUCUACAAAGGUCGGAACGUGUUCAUAACAGGCGGAACAGGUUUCAUGGGAAAAACGCUAAUAGAAAAACUGCUGCGGUCUACGGAAGUGAACACCCUGUACCUCCUCAUCAGGGAGAAGAAAGGCAAAAACAUACACACAAGAAUCGACGAACUAUUCGAUGAUGUGGUUUUCGACCGCCUAAAAAGAGAGUGCCCGAAAUUCCGGCAUCGCAUCGAAACGGUACCGGGCGAUUGCUGCCUGUCCGGCCUCGGGCUGAGCAUCGCCGACAGACGAACGCUCGUCGAAAAAGUGCACGUGGUCUUCCACGUGGCUGCCACGCUGCGCUUCGACGAGAAUCUCAAGGUCGCCUACGGGAUCAACGUUAACGGGGCCAAAGACGUGGUGAAUUUGGCCAGACAGAUGGAGAAUUUGAAGUCACUUGUCCACGUAUCAACUGCCUAUUCAAAUUGCCCAUACGGAGAUAUAGAGGAAAAAGUUUACGAAUGUCCAAUCAAUUACGAGCAUGUCCAAUCUGUGAUAGAAAAAGUCAGCAAAGCUGAAGUGGAACUGAUAACACCUAGAAUACUCGGUAACUGGCCAAAUACGUAUACAUUCACGAAAGCUUUAGCAGAAAACAUGUUAAAAGACAUUGGAGCCGGAUUACCAAUUGCCAUUUUUAGACCUUCUAUUGUGAUAUCGACGUACAAGGAACCCAUCCCCGGUUGGAUAGACAACCUGUACGGCCCCACGGGGGUAGUGGCGGGAGCCAUCAGCGGGGUGCUGAGGGUGGUGGCCAACAACCCUGAUAACACGUGCGAUUUGGUGCCUGUUGACACGUGCGUGGCAGGAUUAGUUGCUGCUGCCUGGGACGUGUCCAGUAAAGACAGCGAAAGAUCUACCGGAAACAUCGUGGUCUACAACUACGUAUCGUCAGAGGAAAACAGGCUAACUUGGGGUGAAUUUCACUCUUUGAAUUUGAUCCAAGGCUACAAAAACCCUUCAGCGAACUCCCUUUGGGAGGUUUUCGUUCUAGUCACGCCGAACAUGUUUUUGUACUGGCUUUUACGAAUACUUCUGCACACCUUGCCGGGAGCCAUGAUGGAUUUCGCCGCCAUCUUGACAGGAAACAAACCCAGGGUAACGACACUAUACAAGAAGAUUCACAAAUUCACCGAUAUCCUGUUGUACUUUUCGAUAAGGAGUUGGAAGUUUUCCAACAAGAACACGCAAAAUCUGUGGCAGAAGUUGAGCGAAAAGGACAAACAGCUCUUCCCUUUGAGCUUGAAAACCGUUUGUUGGCUGGAGUAUUUCCGGACGUACAUCAAAGGAGUCCGGAAACACCUUCUGAAAGAAUCUGAUGACACUUUGGAAUCUGCGCUACGAAGAAAUAAACGGUUUUCAAUGAUCGGGAAAGUCCUGAAAUAUGGUUUGAUUUUUGUGGCUUGCAGUACAUUAUCGAGAAUGAUUUCGAAUGUAUAUAGUUUUAUUUUAUAGUAUAUAAGUAUGUAUAUAUCGACGAUUCUUUAAUAAUUUUAAUGUAUUUAUAUAAAUGGACCUAAAAAAAUAUAAAUCACUAUACAACGUU